AUGACACUUGAGCAAAGGAGGCAAGAUCUUGAGCUUCGGCAGAUGGAGGCAGCUGUUAAGGCUCAGGAGGAAGAGACCCGCGCUAAGCAAAUUGCUAAUGAAAAGGCAGAGUUAGAACUUAUCAAGGAACGGAGGAAGUUACAGGAAGAGGAAACUGAUUGA